AGAGAAAAGAGGAAGAGAACGAAGAACAAAUCUUUGGGACCUGGAUUGCGUUCUACGGUGAAUCACUCACUCUGUGUCUCUCGUUAGGGUUUUAACUGGCUUCUUUGUUUUCUAACUAAUAAUCAGUGCCGGUAAUUUAAUGGGUGAGACUGGGAAACGAUAUCGAUCACAGAGAGACCAUGAUGGGGACAGCAGAAAUCAAAAGAGGCGUGUGAAUUUCAAAGAUGAAAGGGGAAAUGAUGAAUUGAUUGUGUAUAGGAUACUCUGUCCGGAUGGAGUUAUUGGGAGUGUUAUUGGUAAGAAUGGAAAAGUGAUAAAUUCAAUAAGGCAAGAGACCAGGGCAAAAGUCAAGGUUGUGGACCCAUUUCCUGGUGUCACCGAUCGAGUUAUAACAAUUUACUGCUAUGUUAAGGACAAGGAAGAAAUUGAGGUGGAAGAUGAGUUCAAUGAUAAAAAGCCAUUAUGUGCUGCCCAAGAUGCUCUUCUCAAGGUUCAUUCUGCAAUUUCAAAUGCCAUGGGAAUUGUUGGAGAUUCUGAGAAGGAAGAAUGCCGAAUCCUUGUUCCAUCCAGCCAGAGUGCAAAUAUCAUUGGUAAGGCUGGGGCUACCAUUAAAAAAAUGAGAGUUAAGACAAGAACAAAUAUCAAGGUCAUUGCUAAGGAUACUUCUGAUUUGACACACUCAUGUGCUUUGGACUUUGACAAUUUUGUUUUGAUUACUGGUGAAUCUGAUGCAGUAAAAAGAGCAUUAUUUGCAGUUUCUUCUAUUAUGUACAAGUUCUCUCCCAAGGAGGACAUUCCUCUUGACACAACUGUACCAGACACCCCUCCUAACAUUAUCAUUCCUUCUGAAGUUCCAAUUUUUCCAUCUGGUGGACUAUAUCCACUUUCAGAUCCAAUUAUCCAACCUAGAUCCGUUCCUCAAAUUAUAGACACUACCAAUGUACAGGAUUUGCAAGGUUAUGCUGAUACAGGAAAUACAUGGUCUCUGUACUCAUCUGCACUUCCAGUAGUUUCCAGUCUUGAUGCUUCCAAAUCUGACGAGUUAAUUGUAAGAAUGUUGUGCCCCUCUGACAAGAUUGGGUGUGUCAUUGGGAAGGGAGGUGGGACUGUUAAAAGUAUGAGGCAGGCUAGUGGUGCUCGUAUUGAGGUUGAUGAUUCUAAGGCUCAUCAUGAUGAGUGCUUAAUCACUAUAACUGCAACAGAGUCGUCAAAUGAUCUGAAAUCCAUAGCUGUUGAAGCCAUGCUACUACUGCAAGGGAAGAUAAAUGAUGAACAUGAUACCAUAGUUUCAAUUCGGCUCCUAAUUCCAUCCAAAGUGAUAGGGUGUAUUAUAGGGAAAAGUGGUUCAAUCAUAAAUGAAAUUCGUAGGAGAACUAAGGCUGAUGUUCAAAUCUCAAGAAGUGAUAAGCCUAAAUGUGCAGAUGCAAAUGAUGAACUCGUUGAGGUGGUUGGAGGAGUUGAUUGUGUGAGAGAUGCACUAAUCCAGAUUGUAUUAAGACUAAGAGAUGAUGUAUUGACAGAAAAAGACAUUGGUCAUAAUCCUCCUAUAUUUUCUGAAUCCUUGUACUUGAAUGGUUCCAUUUAUUCGGUGCCACCAGUGCCAGUUUCACCUAUUACUGCUCCACUGGCUUAUGAUCAGAGGGCUGAAAGUGAAACUGGCUUGGGAAUGUUUUCUUCUAGCAGCCUUUAUGAUUAUGGGUCCUUUUCGAUGGGAGAAAAUGGCUUUGGAUCUCUGUCUUCGUAUGCCACCAAGCUAUAUGGAGGUUUGCCUCCCGUGUCAGCACUGGAGAUGUUGGUUCCUGCUAAUGCUGUUGGCAAAGUACUGGGUAAAGGAGGGGCGAAUAUAGCCAAUAUUAGGAAGAUUUCAGGAGCAACAGUAGAGAUUUCUGAUUCCAAAUCUGCCAGGGGUGAUCGUAUUGCUCUUAUUUCUGGCACACCUGAACAAAAGCACGCAGCUGAAAACUUGAUCCAGGCAUUUAUAAUGGCUACCUGAGUUAUUGGAGUUAUUUAUGGGUUUUGAAGAUUUUCUAGCUAUCUCCUCUUUCUAGUUCCCUUGGCUUGCAAGCACUUUAGUUAAAAGUGGGGAAGUUGUCUCAUGAAAUUGAGACGUUGCAGAAAACUCCGGAUCAUUUGCUUCAUUUGCUUCCAUCUGUUACUAUUUUCCAUAUCUUGUAAUCCAGUCGAAUGUGAGGGCAUUUGCAACAAUUUAUGAUCAUACAUUUCUGUUUGAUUUCCAGGCUUCUGGUUGCACUUGUUAUCACGCCAUGUGCGCUUCAUUGUAUACCUCUACUCUGAAAAAAACAGUGGAAUUUAUUUUGUUCAACUAGUGUUCUUUCUGUUCACUUCUAGUUGUCUUGAGAUGAAUGCCACUCCCAAGGAAAUGCUUGCUGCUGCAUUUUAUUGUAGCAAGCCUUUUCCUCUUUGAUUGUUGUUUAAAAUUAUUUCAUUGGAUCUCCUAAAUUCUAUCAAGUUAAAUUCACAUUACAAUCUCUAUCUCUGCGGUCUUCAGCUUAUCUAUUAUCCUGUUUGCAAUGUAACAUUUAGUACAUUGGAUCACUUAAUUUCUAUCAAGUUGAACUUACGUUGUGAUCUCUAUCGGUGCUGUCUGCAGCUUAACUAUUGUCCUGUUUGCAUACAUUGUACGUUUGAUCUUGUAAAUUCUAUCAAGUUCAACUUGCAUUGUGAUCUCUGUCUCUGCUGUCUGCGGCUUAUCUAUUCUCCUGGUCGCAACUUAACACGCACUAUUUCAUUUGAACUUCUAUUAUAGUUGAUAGAAUUUAGGUAACCAUGAUAUUACACUGCUCCAAUUUCAGUGAUCUGUCUCAAGGUAACCAUGAUAUUACACUGCUCUAAUUUCAGUGAUUUGUCUCAAAUGAAAUUUAAAUUGUAGGCAAUGGCUGAUUUUCUAUCCACUAGAUAUCUGCUUUCAGAUAUUGCGUUUUGACUAAUGAGACUAAUCACAGGUGCAAUAAUAUCAAAUCAUCAUAUUUCAUCGGCAUUUGCCUCAUUUCUGUACUUCUGUCUGCUUUUGAAAAAAUCGUCCAGAUUACCUGUUGUCUGUUUAACAAAUACACAACUGCACCAAUGUGCUCAAAACUUUCUUUCCCUUGCAAUAUGUGACUGACCAUUGUCGAUCUUUUUAGCUAUAAUGUGCUAUCAGUUAGAUAAUUUUCAGUGAUAAUGUUGAACGAUUGCCUUUCCUAGCAAUGUUUUAUUCAUCAAAUCCCUUGGACGUCAUUCAGUCUCCCUGGAGUCUCGUCUCUACAUAAUUAUUCUUGAAAUAUAUUUUUUUUAAUCUUCAAAGGAUCUAUUAUACGUAGACAAACCCUCCCUACAGUAUAGUUUAAUGUUAAUUUUCCAUCUAUCGAAUUUGCCAAUUUUUUUAUUCUGCAUGUUUAUGUUUAUACUUUUGUAUUUGUUUUUCUUUUAUUUCUAUUAUUUUCCCAUCAUUCUUAUGAACGAAGAAGGAUGUCUAGUUGAGUUGGUCAUUGGGCUCCUAAGCCGUAUUGUAAUUAGUGAGUCCAAUAGAUUGAUGAUGUCAUCCACCCUAGAUGCUGGUUUGUCUCGGAGAUGAAUCUCUCCAUUGAUUCAUUGGGUGGUUGAAUUGUAUUGAAAUUUGACAUCUAAUAAUUACAAUUACUGUUUGUAUACGAAUUUGCUUUUUUGUUG